AUGUCUUUUGGAGCCAAGAAAUUUAGAUCGAGGAGACAGCAAUUAGCUUAUGAAGCCUCUUUUGCAGGAAAAUAUCAGAAACAUCUUAAGAAGAAUCCAUUUCUAUAUUUCGGAUUACCUUUCUGUGGAAUGAUAGUAUUAGGUUCGUACUGGUUAGCAGGUUUCACCCAGGUAAGGUUUGAACGUGAUGAUAGAAGGGUGCAAGAGAUGAAUGAAGCAGAUAUUAUGAAAGUUAAGAAGAACCAAAGAAAGUUUGACAUAAAGGAUGAAUAUUAUAAAUUACAAGGUUUAUCAGAAGAAGAAUGGGAACCUGUUAGGGUUAAGAGAUUAAAGGAUGAAUCUGAGAAUGUAUGGUGA